AUGCGGAUGCAAGAGUUCCAUGUGGAAGCUACUAGGUUGACAUGGGCGCCAAGAUUUCACCCUUUCUUGGACCAAUCACAGUGGCCUGAGUACCAUGGCCCUCAUAUUAAGCCAGACCCUCUUCUGAAGGUGGAGACCAAGGGUAGAAGGGGAACUAAGAGGUUCAGGGGUGAUAUGGAUGACCUGGCUAGAUACACUGGCAUGAAACAAUUUGGUAGCGGUCAUUUCAUGGAGGCUCCUGACACUAUCAACUGUGGGGUCUGCGGCAUGGCUUCAUCCAGUUCCAGGACGAGGCCGGCAUGCGCGGACCAAGAGGACAUGCCGAAGACGUGGAUGGAGGCCAGGUUGGACAAGGAGAAGGAGAAGGAUGUGCCCACACCACCAUGUUGGUGUGGUGAUGUUUGCAAGCUGAAGGUGUCCACUGACCGCAAGAAGUCAUGGACAGAAGGUAGAAGGGGCACUUCUCGCCUGGAAAGCCAGCCUCAGUCCGCGAAGCCAAGACGCCCUCCGAUCCUGGGGAAACAUCUCAGCACCUUGCUGUUGGCAGGGCAUCCGGUGCGGUGGCCGCCGGCCGGUGAUCGCCGCCAUCUCCCUGCGACCCUGCCGGGGAUGCGGCUGAGAGGGACACUUGAGUCUCUCGACUUCUCGGCUUUGAGGACCUUGGUGGCCCUUGAGCUCUCGCACAACGAGCUUACCGGGAGCAUCCCUGUGAAUAUUAAGCUCCUCAAAGAACUCCGUGCUCUCCUCCUGCAUGACAAUCAGAUAAGAGAUUCAAUUCCACCUGUUUUAGCAAAUCUCACCAAACUGCAACUCCUAAUGCUCCAUGACAACCAAGUCUCCGGUGAAAUACCAAGGCAAAUAGGCGAGAUGGGUAAUCUUGUGAGGCUGAACUUGUCAAACAAUUACUUAGUUGGUCCUAUCCCUUGUGAAAUAGGUCACCUUAAGCAUUUGCUUAAAUUAGAUUUCUCCAGCAAUGACCUUUCCGGACCAGUUUCCUUCAGUCCAGCUAACUCAUCCAUACAAAAUCCUAUGAAUAAUUUUUCAUCUCAGCCUACUGCAAAAGUAAACUUAGAAAACAUAAAUAUGCUAUCAUUAUCCCGUAACAACUUAAGUGGUCCCAUUCCCAAAGAUAUAGUGAAAUUUUUCAACCUACAACACUUAGACAUAAGCCAAAACAACUUUUCAGGUUCAAUCCCAAGCAAUAUAGGUAACCUGACCAAACUCACUACCUUGUACCUUUACCAUAACCAACUUUCUGGACACAUUCCUCGAGAACUAGGUUAUUUAGUGAUCUUAGAAGACUUGAGGCUCAACAACAACACAUUAUCUGGUUCCAUUCCAAGCAAUUUAUGGAAUUUGACCAAACUUACUACCUUGCACCUUCACCGUAACCAACUUUCUAGACACAUUCCACUGGUUUUGGGAUAUUUGGUGCACAUAGAGGACUUGCGGCUUAGCUACAACACACUAACAGGUUACUUUCCAAGAAAUUUGUGUAAUUUGACCAAACUCAAGAUCUUGUACCUUGGCCAGAAUCAACUUUAUGGAAAAAUUCCUUGGGAACUAGGUUAUAUGGUGAAUUUAGAGGACUUUCAGCUCAGUUUGAACAACCUAACAGGUCCUAUCCCAAACAGUUUAGGCAAUUUGACUAAGCUCACCUUCUUAAACCUUAAUUUCAACCAAUUUUCUGGACACAUUCCUCAAGAAAUUGGUGAGUUAUUGAAUCUGGAAAUGUUUGGAGUCUCUUUGAACAAUCUAUCUGGUGCAUUGCCAUCGGGUCUUUGCGCGGGAGGCCGACUACAGUUUCUCACCGCUAAUGGCAACAACUUGGUUGGACCCUUGCCAACAAGCUUGCUAACUUGCAAAAGCCUAGUCACACUUCGUCUUGAAGGAAAUCAGCUUCAAGGAGAUAUCUCCAAGAUGGGGCUUCACCCUAAUCUUGUCUAUGUUGAUAUCAGUUCAAACAAACUAUUUGGUCAACUAUCUCAACGCUGGGGUGAGUGUUACAAACUUACGAUGCUACGUGCUUCAAACAACAACAUUACUGGAGUCAUACCACCAAGAAUAGGGCAGUUAUCUCAGUUGGGGAUACUUGAUGUUUCAGCAAAUAAACUUGAAGGGCAGAUUCCACUGGGGAUUGGCAAUUAAACGGUGCUGUUCAACUUGAGCCUCAGUAAUAACCUGCUCCAAGGAAGUAUACCUAAAGAUAUUGGAUCGCUAAAUAAUUUGGAUUACUUGGAUUUAUCAUCAAACAACCUAAGUGGGAUGAUACAAGGGUCAAUUGAACAUUGUCUCAAGCUUCACUUCCUGAAUUUGAGCCAUAAUCGCCUCAAUGGCAGCAUUCCAAUCGAACUAGGAAUGUUGGUAAACCUACAAGAAUUGUUGGAUCUAAGUGAUAAUUCAUUUCCUGGUGUCAUUCUGAGUCAGCUAGGUGGCUUGAGCAUGCUCGAAGUUUUGAAUCUUUCACACAAUGCAUUGAAAGGUAGCAUCCCACCAUCGUUUCAGCGCACGUUCAGCCUCCUAUCCAUUGAUGUGUCAUUCAACAAAUUGGAAGGGUCAGUGCCACAGAGUAGGUUGUUUGAAGAAGCUCCAAUCGAAUGGUUCAUGCAGAAUAAGUAAUUGUGUGGUGUAGUGAAAGGUUUGCCCCCUUGUGACCUUAAUCAAAGUGGUGGACGGAAAAAGAAGCCCAGAGCUAUUUUACUAGCUAUAAUACCUGUUGUUGCAUCUUUUCUGUUUAUCAUGGCACUAGUAACUUUGCAAUGCAAGAGGAAAUCCAAGGUGGAAUGCGCAAAUGAAUUGCAACAGACAAAGCUGUUCGCCAUCUGGAACUUUCAUGGAGAUAUGUACAUGCAAAUUGUCGACGCCACAGAAAAUUUUAGUGACACUCACUGCAUUGGAAUUGGAAGUAGUGGGUCAAUAUAUAGAGCUCAGUUACCAAUAUGCGAGAUAUUUGCAGUAAAGAAGAUUCAUAAAAUAGAAGAUGAUGAGCUAUUUAAUCGAGAAAUAGAUGCCUUGAUGCAUAUUCGGCAUCGCAAUAUUGUGAAGUUAUUUGGCUACUGUUCUGCUACUCAAGGAAGAUUUCUUUUGUAUGAAUACAUGGAAAGAGGAAGCUUAGCAGCAUCUUGAAGGACCAAGGAAACUGCAAUAGAGUUGGACUGGACAAGGAGGUUAAAUAUUGUUAAGGAUGUGGCCCAUGCUUUGUCUUACAUGCAUCAUGAUUGCUUUGCGCCGAUAGUCCAUAGAGAUAUAACAAGUAACAACAUUUUGCUUGAUCUGGAAUUUAGAGCACGCAUCUCUGAUUCUGGUAUUGCUAAACUAUUAGAUGUGGA